AUGACCGCGUUAACACAAGAUGAAGAAAAAUUGGCCAAGGCUGCUAUUGAAGAAAAUGAAAAAUUGCGUCGUUUGUUAAAUGAAGCGAACAAUGAAAGUCGAGCAAAUGAUGACUAUAAUGGUACUGAUACGGAAAGAGCCGAUAGUAUUUUUUCACUCAAACGACGAAAUGACAUUUUAAGGGGGGAAAUUGCUGAUCUUCAAAAUCAACUGGUUGCAUCAGAUGUGAGCGCUGCUGAAACUGUACAUAAGUAUAACCGUUUACAAGCUAAAAGAGCUCAUCUUCGUAAUGAGGUUCAAGGUUUGCGUAACAUCAAGAUGCAUCAGACACCAAAAGUGCGGGAAGCGAACCGUUUUGCUGGUGAAAGGAUGCAAAUGAAGAAAUCAAGUGAUGAAGCAAAUAGAGCAACAAAGAAUGAAAUUAAAACUUUGAAGGAAAUGAGAGAAAAAGAAAUUGAGCAACUUCAUGUUACCAUGCGUAAAGAAGCAUAUUUAAAGGAAAGAGUCGAUUGUACUGUUUUGCCAACCCAUUUGCGUGAUAAACAUGCUCUUAAAGCUGCGAUUGACGCAAAAGAAAGAACAAUUAAAAAACUAGAAUAUGAUAUUGAAAUUGCUCAAAACAGACAGGGAAAUAGGAGUAAUUAUGGAGGUCAUAAUGAAGAAAAAGAUAUAGGAAAGUUACGGGAAGAGUAUGUUAAACUUCAAGAGACGCUAACCACCCUACAAUAUGAGUUAAAUUAG